AUGGUUAUGGUAGACCAUCUAGGUCUGAAGGUGGAGCCUUCCAAGGAAUCAUUCACUUUUGUGGAUUGUUCUCAGAGGAACUCAGGAGGAAUUGUCAGAGACCUUGAGGUGCAGAUUGGUAAUCCCCUAGUUCCAGUAGAUUUCCAUGUCUUAGAAAUCAAGAUGAACUGGAAAUCUUCUCUGUUACUUGGAAGGGCUUUCUUGUCAACAGUAGAAGCAGUAUGCAACAUGCAAACCAAUCAGUUGUGCCUGGCGCUCAUAGAUCCACACUUCCACUAUGAUUCAAUUCUAGUCAUAAAACCACAGACGUCCUCCAGUCUCAUAGCCACAUGUCAUUGUGAAGCUGAGUACGAGACUGAGUAUUCCGCGUCAAUCGAAACUCACACCCCAACAUCAAUCGACAGUCAUAAAUCGAUUGACAAUCACCUCGAAGAAUCGAUCGACAGUAGUCCAGACGAUUGGGAGAAUGACUACUACAAUCCCACCCUUGCAGUAGACACUACAACACCUUCAGCCAGAGCUAAUCUACAUACAUAG